AAGAUCCUUAAUGGAAUAGCCCUAAGGUAUUUAACAAGGCCGAAUAACAUGAUGAUAUCUCAGUUGAGGUGAGGCCAACCGUAUUCUUCUUGUUGCUACAGCAGAGUUCAGCACAGUCCAUCAAGUCAAACAUGAAGAAGUGGAUGGCCAUCUUCCUGGUGAGUGCAUUACUCAUGCUCGCCGCAGAAGCGAUGUCGAUCGGAGGGCCGGAUGGCCCUGUGUCCUUGUCUGCAGAUGCCGAUGAAAAGGACAUCUUCAGCGCCCCACCGUUCUACCUGGACAGCGGGGAAGACACGGACAAAGUCAUGUCGAAGAGGGCAAGCCGGGCCCAAUUCUGGAAGCUGCUGAACCUCUACCGAUUUCAUCCUGGCGCCUCCUUCAGCUAUUGCUACUGGCCGGUCUCCAUGCGUCCUGCCAGCUGCUUCAAGGACGGGAUCCGUCCGGGGACGCCAGUCAAAAUGUAGUCAUCUCAAAUAUCGACAACCCAGACGUCAUGGGUGUUUUCUGUAUGAUGACUAGAUCAGUAAAUAACGUCCAAGGCACCGCAUGCUGCCUUGCAGUGAAUAUUUUGUCACUUAUUACCCUGUGUUGACGUCAGAGUUCACGUUAAUUUUGCUACGAUUAUCUGAUGCAUAAGAAGAGGAGCACAGACAUAGAAAAAUAUGAAUCUAAGUUGUUAUUCUCAACGAGAAAUGAAAAAUAAACAUGGGAAGUCGUGUACUUGAAA